AUGAGUCCCUCCAAAACCACCCCCCCUUCUCCCACCGCCCUCGUCUACGGCGCAACCGGCGUCACAGGCUGGGGUCUGUGCAAAAACCUACUCGAGCAACAAGCCGACUCCGCCUCCACACCAACCUUCAGCCGCGUAAUCGGCGUCUGCAAGCAACCCGCCCAAGACCUGGGCCUGUUCCUCGAGGACAAGAGGUUCGAGCUCGUCGACGGGGUGGAUCUGCUGCAAGGCGAGGAUAGCGUGGUGGAGGUGCUCAAGGAGGUCAAGGGGAUUGAAAAUGUGACGCAUGUUUUUUAUGUUGCGAAUCGCAACUCACCGAGUGAUGGACCAGACGAGCGGAUCAGCUUCAAUGUCAAGAUGAUCCAGUCUGCAGUCAAAGCUGCAGAGCAACUAAGCAGCAACAUGCAAGUAUUGAUCAUGCAAACGAGUAUCAAUGUUUACGGCAUCUUCGCCUCCCUCAUGGGCGGCACGCUCACAUGCCCGAGUCCGCUUGUGGAAAGCGCCGAUCGAACGCCGUCUCCUUACCGGGAAAUGGACGUUCACUACGCCCAGUGCGACGAAUUGAAGCGGCUCAGCAAAGGAAAAUCCUGGUCAUGGUUUGAAGUCCGACCCGAUGCUGUGAUAGGAUACGUGCCCCGCCGGCAUGAAAACAACUUUACGGUAUCUCUGGGUCUAUUCCUGGCCACAUAUGCGCAUGUGCAUGGCGCCGGCGCUCCAGUGCGUUUUCCCGGCACGCCGGAGUCGUGGAAGUGCAAGUUCUCGAUGGUGUCACAGGAUCAGCUGGCUCGGUUCGAGAUUCAUCUGGCUACGCACGCCGAGGGCUUGCAGAGUGGCGAGGCAUUCAAUGUGUCGAAUGGGGAUGUCUUGACAUGGUCCAAGUUGUGGCCUGAGGCUGCUGCUCGUUUCGGCCUCCGAGGCGUCGGGCCAGAAGGUGCCGGGGAAGAGGAGGGUAAGGGGGAGGCAGAGGGCGGUGCCAAGGGAGCUACAGGAUGGAGCUGGCCAUUGGGCGAUGAGACGACCAUGAAGAAGUGGGAGGAGGAGAAUCAGGUUCAGAAGGGAUGGGGAGGUAACCUGUCCGAGGUUUGCUUUGUCAACACCAUGAGGCCGACGGUCGAUCGGAUCUUAUCGCUGGACAAGGCAAAGAAAAUUGGGUUUGAGGCACGCGACGAUACGAUUGCGGCUUUUGACAAGGCCUGGGCGCUCUUCAAAAAGGCACGCAUCCUUCCGUAG